AUGGAUCACCUCAUCGGCCAGAGAUUCAAUCUCAUCUCCAAAUCCGAAAUUCGCUACGUCGGAACUCUCCAUGAGAUAAACGCCGAGCAGUCGACCAUCGCGUUGGAAAAUGUCUAUUCCUUCGGCACUGAAGACCGAUCAGUGGCAAAAUUCAUCCCUCCUUCCCAGGACAAAUAUGGAUUUAUUGUUUUUCGCGGAGGCGAUGUCAAAGACAUCAAGAUUGCAGAAGAUGAACCAUCUCAGCCUUCUCCUCCAAGCAUGCCUAACGAUCCCGCCAUCCUGAAUGCCUCCCGGCCAGGCCCACCUCCACAAGGACCACCGCAUGAUGGCCCAUUCUCUCCUCCAGGCUUUCCUCCACCGCCACACUUCGGUGGUUACUACCCUCCCGGCCAGUUCGGCAGAGGCUAUGGACCACCACCUGCUGGUUUCGGUCCCAGUCCCGGCUUCCCACCCUACGGUCCACCUCCACCUGGAUAUUUUGGUGGUCCACCAGGUCAAGGCUUCCAACAAGGCCCGCCUGGUUUCCACCCUCAACCACCGAUCGGUCCUCCGGGACAUCGUCUUAACCAAUCAGGUCCUCCGCCACCAUCCCAACAACAUCCUGAAUCAAGCGCUCCUGGCCCUGGCCUAUCUCCCGCUUCCGCACAAACAUCCGAAUUACCAGUUGACAACAAAGCUCCGGAUACGACGAAUACAUCAGCUUCAGUUAGGGAAGCACCAUUAGAUGCGUCUACUCAAAUAAAACCUGCACAGCAAGAGAAGGCCGUGAAAGCAGGAAUUACUUCUGCAGUAUCGGCGACAGCCCACAAAACUGCACCGAACGGACCCAAGACUACUCGUGUCGCACCUGCAGUUCCAUUCACAGUGAAUCAGAAAUCAUUUACGCCACCUGUUCCUUCAGCUGGAGAUGCUCCAUCCUCGUCGAAUGGCGCCGCAGCCAGCAAACCUACCAAACCUGCAGCUUCUCAAGCCUCCAUGGAUGAGGCAGCACGGCAAGCAAAAGAAGCUGUUGCAGCAGCUAUGGCAAAACUGAAUCCUCAAGCACCCACGGCGCAAGCCAAAUCAACACCCUCCGCUGCCCCAAUUGAUGCUUUGACACAGAGAGUGAAUGCGAUGUCCACCGCUCCCAGUGCCACAAAUGGUACACAUCGUGGAGGGCGGGGUACAAGCAGAGCAAGUCGCGCUGGCGGUGGUAGCUACGGCCGGGGAGGACAAAAGAGAAUGGAGAUUCCAAAGUCCGACUUUGACUUUGAAUCUUCUAAUGCCAAGUUCAACAAGGAAGACUUGAUCAAGGAAGCAAUUGCGUCAGGAUCCCCACCAGUCGCAGGGUCCGAUGAGCUCCCUGUAGAAGGCGUCGCCGGCAAGGAAGCAUCAAAUUCGGCACCGAAGAGAAAAGAUAGUCUCCCUCUCACCACGGGCAGCGGGUACAACAAAUCUUCGUCCUUCUUCGACAACAUUUCGUCCGAGGCAAAAGACCGAGAAGUUGCAGUCGAUGCACGAGCUCAAGGAAGACAGUUACGAGGCGAAGAGUUCAAAAAGAAUAUUGAAACAUUCGGCCAAGGCAAUGUCGAUGGUGGAUAUCGUGGGGGACGUGGGCGCGGUAGCGGUUAUGGUAGAGGACGAAACUACAGCGGCGGAGGGUACCGUGGUGGAUACAACAACCGCGGAGCGAGCGCUAACAAUAGCCAUCGAGGAAAUCGAGGACGUGCUGGUCAAGGCCAAGGGGAUGCUGCCCAGCCAAGUCAGACUGUUGGCCAGUCCUAG